AUGCAUUAUCAAAUCUUUAUCUUCGUCUUGGUUUAUGGAUCAUUCACUGAAGGCUCACCUUUUAUCACGAAACAAGAUGAUCAAGGUGCACAAUACGAAGUCCGAGGAAAAUUCAAUCAGGAGCUCCGCCUUCAACAGGCUUCCCUUGACGACCCAGAUAAUUCUGUUACAGACAGAAUCAUUAGAAUUAACAAAGGAAAAAAUAAACAUUUCUAUGAAGGUGAUAUCAUUUUGAGUGAUCAUGAUGACGUAGAUACCCGUAACCAAGGUGAUGUAGAUGGACCGUUAAGAGACACCUUAAAGAGAGCUGCACAAGGAGCUAGACAAUACUUGUGGUUAACGAAGGAGGUUCCUUAUGAAAUACAUGACGAUUUGUUGGACUACAAACCAAACAUCAAAGCUGCAAUCGAGCAGUUUACACAUCACACGUGUGUGCGAUGGGUACCGCAUACUGACCAAUCAAACUGGGUCAAGUUUGUCCGUAACGAUGGGUGUUCCUCAAAUGUAGGGCGUAAGUACUGGUUAACAGGCCCCCAGGAAGUUAAUCUGGGCAGCGGUUGUAAUCAUCGAGGUACUAUCAUACACGAGAUGCUCCAUGCUGUUGGAUUCUGGCACGAACAGUCUAGACCUGACAGAAACCAUCAUGUGGAGGUUAUGUGGGAGAAUAUCGAAGAAGGGAACGAAGACAAUUUUAAUAAGUACAAGAGAAACGACAUAGAUGUGCUGAACACGAAUUAUGACUUCGACAGCAUCAUGCAUUAUGGGAAAUAUUCAUUUUCCAAGAACGGCAACCCAACUCUUAUAGCCAUCAACGAUCCCGAUAGAGAACUUGGUCAACGAGAUGGAUUCAGUGAAAUAGAUAUCGUCAAAAUCAACGCUCUCUACGACUGCAAAAACAGUGUAGAUAGCGGAUGGAGCUCAUGGAGCGGUUGGGGUUUUUGCAACGAUGAAUGCUAUAAGGUUCGACAACGUUUCUGCACUUCAUCCGACAGGAAGACGUUUUGUCCUCAAGCCAAUUAUUAUGGCAUAGAAGUGGAUUCUGUAGACUGCACACCAGAAGAAUGCUAUAAGCCUGUUGACGGGCACUGGGGCCGCUGGUCAUCAUGGUCUACAUGUAGCAAGUCAUGUGAUAUUGGCAAGCAAACAAGAACAAGGUUAUGUAACGACCCACCUCCAAAGUAUUCAGGCAAAUCAUGCGUUGGUACUAACAUUUCCGAACAAUCUUGCAAGGUUUUAAAUUGUGGUCUUGGACCCGAUGAUUGUGAGUUUGACAACAAUAUUUGUCACUGGUAUCAACCCACUACUGUCGAUCAGAAUUCUUUUCGCUGGGGGCGAUAUUAUGGUGAAACGCCAAGCUCGUUAACGGGACCUUCUGGAGAUCACACAUCAAAAAAUGGACAUUAUGUUUACGCUGAGGCGUCAUCAGCCAGUCAAGGACAAACUGCAAACUUAGUCAGCAAAGAGUUUCCACCAACAGAAAUCCGAUGCAUAACAUUCUACUAUCACAUGUAUGGUGAAGGAAUGGGAACCCUUAAAGUGUUUGUUAACGACACCAGUACUGGUGAUAUGAGGUUACUAUUUACAAAGACUGGUAACCAAGGAGAUGAAUGGAAGAAAGGAAACGCGACAAUAACAAGUACAGGAAAGUACAAGGUUGUGUUCCAAGCGGUAUGUGGGUAUUCAUUUCGAAGCGAUAUUGGACUUGAUGAUAUAAUCUUCAAAGACUCAUCUUGUGAUGGAACGGAAUUUAUGACAACAGAAUUCCCUACAACCUUAGCAACUACGACAAAUGAGCCCACUUUACCGUCUACUACUACUAAACAUCCUACUACCAGAGUACCGACUCAGCUUACCACCACCAAAUCAACCACCAAAAGACCUACGACAAAAAUUCCUACCAAUGCUCCUACUACACGUGCACCUAGCCAGCCACCCACUACGAGAGCAUCCACACCACCACCAACAACAACAAGAGCACCCACACAACCACCAACAACAACUAGGGCACCGACACAACCACCGACAACGACUAGAGCACCCACACAACCACCAACAACAACUAGAAAACCCACACAACCACCAACAACAACUAGAGCACCCACACAACCAUCAACAACAACUAGGGCACCCACACAACCACCACCAACGACUAGAGCACCCACACAACCACCACCAACGACUAGAGCACCUACACAACCACCACCAACGACCAGAGCACCCACACAACCACCCACAACAACUACAGCACCCACACAACCACCAACAACAACUAGAGCACCUACACAACCAUCAACAACAACUAGGGCACCCACACAACCACCACCAACAACUAGGGCACCCACACAACCACCAACAACGACUAGAGCACCCACACAACCACCCACAACUAGAGCACCCACACAACCACCCACAACAACUACAGCACCCACACAACCACCAACAACAACUACAGCACCCACACAACCAUCAACAGAUGCAACAAUCCAGCCCUCCACACCGGAACCACUGUGCGUUAAUUACAACGCCAAAUGUGCACACUGGAGCUUGUCGAUGCAAUGUGAUCUGAAUCCACGAUACAUGCAUGUCUAUUGCAGAAAAAGCUGUAAAUUGUGCGUAACAAAUGUCGAUUGUAGUGACAAUAUCAUUCAUUGUCCAGUCUGGGCGUCUUCAGGAUACUGCUGGAGAAAUCACCAGUACAUGAGUGUCAAUUGUAAAAAGAGCUGCCAGAUCUGCAAACCCGCUGCUAUUGUUGGAAAAUGGGGACAGUGGUCAUCAUGGAGUUCUUGUAGUGCUACAUGUGGAAAACCCUAUCGAUCAAGAAAGAGAUAUUGCAACAAUCCACCACCUAGUAAUGGCGGGAAGAACUGUGAAGGAAACCACUUGGAGACUGACGCUUGUUCAUCGAAGCCAUGCGUAACAAGUUGCAAAGACAAUAACAUCAAUUGUCCAAGCUGGGCAUCUGUUGGACACUGCUGGAGUAAUCCAGGGUACAUGAAUGUCCAUUGUAAAAAGAGCUGCCGCAUAUGUAGACAGGCGCAUCGUCUUUCUGGUGCUACACCUACAGAUAUUACUGUAACACGGACAUGUCCUUUCGUCAACGGUGCAGAAAAACAUGUCAGUCAUGUUAAUGGUUUAGACAGGGGAUCAACUCGAAGCGAUCUUUCGUGUCACAGCUUAUUAUAA